GUGACCGCGCGUUCAGAGUUCAGUUCGCGUGAACGCGCGUUUCCACCGGCGGACCGAGUCCGAGUUUCAGAGACACAUGAAUAAACAGCAUUACUGGACUUUUUGAAGCAAAAUGGAUUUCCUCAUCGGGAGCCCUUUCUCCUCUCCCGUCGGACAGCGUAUCCAGAGAGCCACUAGUGCCGCCCUACAGGCAGAGGACUGGGGCAUCAACAUGGAAAUCUGUGACAUCAUCAACGAGACAGAGGAGGGACCCAAAGAUGCAAUAAGAGCCAUAAAGAAGAAGAUUGUGGGAAAUAAGAACUUCAGAGAAGUCAUGCUGGCGCUGACUGUUCUGGAAACAUGUGUGAAGAACUGUGGCCAUCGUUUCCAUGUUCAUGUCUGCAACAGAGAGUUUGUGGAGGGGGUGCUGGUGCGGACCAUUCUCCCCAAAAACAACCCUCCUAUGAUCCUACACGACAGAGUCUUAAGCCUCAUUCAGGCGUGGGCUGACGCUUUCCGUAAUUCUCCUUCUCUGUCUGGAGUGGUGAGCGUGUAUGAUGAUCUGAAGCGGAGGGGCCUGGAGUUUCCCAUGACUGAUCUGGAUGCUCUGUCACCCAUACACACCCCCAGCAGGAGCAUCCCGGAAAACGGCACAUCUGCCCCGUCUGUUCCAGCACCUGCUGUCUCCAGGACACACGCUGCCGACCCUGCACCCACACAGACUCCGCAGCCCCCACAGACGAAUGGGGGACCUGUUCCCAUCUCACCUGAACAGAAACAGAAGCUGAGGGCAGAGUUAGACCUGGUUAAGGGAAAUCUCACAGUGAUGACAGAGAUGCUGAACCAGCUCAAACCAGGAGAGAGCUCGCCAUCAGAUACAGAGCUGCUGCAGCAGUUGUACUCUGUGUGUAAGAGCAUGCAGCAGAGAGUGGUGGAGUUGAUCCCCUGCCUGUGUGAAGAAGAGCUGAUUGGAGAGCUGCUGGUUAUGAAUGAUGAUCUAAACAACGCUUUCAUACGCUAUGAGAGGUUUGAAAGACUCAGCGUUACACAAAGAACACCAACAGGACAAGACACAGAAAACCUUAUAGACCUGAACCCUGUUACACCAUCAGCCAAUCAGGCUCCACUUCAACCCGUCAGUCAACCAGUGCUCCACCCUCCGUCCAAUACCGCAGUCCCUGCAGAAGAGGAAGAAUUUGAUAUGUUUGCUCAGACAAGAGGCAGUUCGCUUGCUGAACAGAGAAAGAGUGUUAGGUAUGAAGACCCUGGUGCAGUAGAGGGUCUGGCUGGAGCACUGGACACUCGGCUUCAGGUCACCGGAGGGGAUGAGACAAGCAACUGGACUCUACAGUCUCAGUGGAUUUACAGUGACAUGUACAGUGAAGUGCUGGUGCCAGCACCACAGACUGCUGCUAUGACUGAAAUUGAGAAGUGGUUGUCUGAAGAACCGAAUGAUGCUGAGGAUGGUGAAGGAGUGACCAGUGAAGAGUUUGAUAAGUUUUUGGCUGACAGAGCUAAAGCGGUGGAGCAUCUCCCUACUGUCCAGAAAAACUCCUCCACUGCAACAAACCCCCGACAGCAGCCGUCCCAGUCCUCAAAGAAACAGGAGAGCGCUCAGGACCAGCUCUUCUCUCUCUAACUCACUCAGAAUAAUGAAGGAGGAACAGGUAGCACUGACACGCACUGCUCAAACCCAUGAAGAACUUCACCCAGCUGCCUUUUAGCCUUCUGUAAAGAACAGCUGUGCUUGUGCCAUUUUAUUAAGUGUCAUUAACGAUGUCUAAUAAUGAUUUUUAUGGAAAGAGAGCUUAUUUUUGAGAUGUUUUUGAAUAGAAUAUAAUGUCUUUUUGUACAUCAGUGUAUUUCCAGUGGACACUGAUUCAUACCCAUGACCUGCAGCUUUCGAACCAUUCCCCACUGUAUCACAGGCUAUCAUGAAGAAGCUAAUGCUCUGUACUAACAGUUUAAAUGGAGCGUUUUUAAAGCUGGACAGUUAAUGUCAGAAACUACUCAAAAGCCACUAUGGUUAUAAUAGGAUUGAUUUAACUUAUAUAUUCCCGUAUACUUAGAACAGAAGAACAGAAGGCUUGUUUACUGAAAGCAGACUUAUAAUAGAAGCCAGUGGGCAGUUGCUUCUGUUCUUUUACCAAGUACAGUGAAAUGCCUCACAAUUUUUGUCUGUUGUAAUCAAUUGUAUGCUGUGGCACAUAGAGCAUUAGUUGGAUAGCACUGGAUUAUUCCUUUAAGGCACUUGUAUGUCAGGACAGCUAACGGAUAACAACUAACAGACCUUUGCUACAGGAAGGUUUUACAUCAGUAUUCGCCUGUUAUGCAGCACAAGGGAACAAAUUAAUAGAAAACUACAAAUGUUGUGAGUAAUUAAAUUUUUUCACUAUUGCAGUGCUAAAUUUCAGUGUCUGGUUACUAGGAUGUUGCCUCCCUAAUGCUACAUUUGUUAUGCUGAGCUGUUUUAUGUUUGAAAGCUGCGGCAUUCACUCCUCAUGCCUGGGAGCCGCGAGGUGUGGAAAAAUGUGCAAAUCUCUGUAAAGUAUGAAUAAUGGUGUAUACAAGAUUAUGUUUUCUCAUCAUGCAGGUCAGCUUUCAAAAUGUCCAUGUAAGUAUAGAAAGCUAUACACAAUAAAUAUUUGUAUUAAUAGUACUAUCCUUAUGACUAUGAAUGUUAUUCAGGUGAUUGUGAAUUAAAGAUUUGCUGGCUGUCCUCAAA